AUGAUUGGAACUGAAUUAGCCUAUAUGAUACUGUCAUUAUUGACACGUCAACGGAAGAAAAUGAAUUUAACCAUAAGAAAAGAGCCCCAUCAUAUCAAUGAAAUUAAUGAAAUUGAAGAGACCGCCCGUCAAGAUUUUAUUGAUAAUGUCCUUACUGAACCGAAACUUGGUGAUCAUUUCUUUAAGACGGAAGAGGAAAGAAUAUACGGUUCAUGUGAAGAGUGUAAUGAAUUAAAUACAUACCACAGUUGGUGUAAAUCAUGCAAUGCCACUCGUUUCCGCCAAGCCUUUCCCACAUGGACGUCGAAUAAUGAAGAGAUUGAUGGCUUCAUUCAAAACGCUCAAAUUCAUGCGUGGAAAGGUGAAUUGUUAUUGGAAUGGUAUCCAUGGGAAACUUUUUCGGAUGUUGAAAAAAUAGGACAAGGCGGUUAUGGAUCUGUUUUCCGCGCUAAAAGAAAAUUACAAAGGAUCCAUAAAUGGGAUCAGGAAAAUAAUGAGUGGUGUCGUCAUGAACAAGGCAGUUUUCCUCAUGAAGAAUAUGUCGCAUUGAAAACAAUCGAAUCACUGUCAAAGGGUUUUCUGGAUGAGGCAAAGAGGUUACAACGAUGGGCUUAUCAAACAGAUGGCACUUAUACUACACUUUUUGGAUUCACCAAAAAUGAAACCACUGGCCAAUAUCUUCUCGUUCUGAUGUAUUUUGAAAAUGGAGAUAUACGCAAGCAACUACAACUUGAAGCACCUAACUGGGAAAGAAAGAUAGACAUAAUCGAAUGUAUUUCUGAAGAUAUGAUGUUUCUCCAUGAAGCAGGACUGAUUCAUAGCAAUCCCACACAAGAGAUUCAAGAUAUGAUCAACGAAGUGGAAGAGAUUCGCCAACAAAAUAUAGGAAUCAAAAAAGAAAUGCCAAUUCCACAUCCCGAGGCUAUUUACACGAGUCGAAUAUUGACGAAUAUAACAAAAUCACUUGCUACCAUGAACUUUGACGACUUCGAACUUCCUUGA